CCUCAGUUCUGAGGGGAGAGCGGCAGCGUCGCCGCGGUACCGUGCUGCGCGGGGCUCGACAGCCACCGAGCGGGCGCCGAUGCUGUCCUAUGUGCCCUGUCAGCCCCUGUGAACCUUCUUCGUCUCUGGUGGGCCGCAGUGUGUAUUGAGACAGCACUGAAAACCAUCGAAAGCUGCUGGAGCAAAGCUGUGCUGCAUCCUGCUACCUGAGGUCUGGCCUGCAGGGGCUGAGGUGUGCUCAUCUCCCAGCGCGCUGCUUGUGCAUGGAGUAUGCCCGAGGAUCUGGAAGUGGAAACGGUGGAGGGAAGUGUGUGGUGAGAUAUUUGAAAACAGCAUCGAGUGAUUGUGACAGGGCUUGAGAGUGUUCCAAAGAGGAACAUAAGACCUCAAGGAAAGAGAACAAAUAUCAAAAUAGAAACUUUUCUGGAUUACUGUGUGUAAUCACAGUUAAAGGUAUUUCUUUGCAGUGAGGCAAGCUGAAAAGGCUGUUUUCUGUUUCACUUGUGCAAAACUGGUGUGCCCCUGGCUUACUGUGAAAACAAGGCGAACGGCCUUAAAGAAAUUCUGCUCUUUAUCUCAGGAAGCCAGAAGCUGCUCGUGUGUGCAUGUGCAUAGCGCACGCUUAAGCGUGUGCCUCCUGCAUCCCCGGGAGGAGCGCGGCCCCACGCAGCCUGCACGGGGCGGCUCGUUGCCCUCCAGGGCCGCUGGCCUCCUCCUUCCUCCGCACCCGUGGCCGCCGGCCUGUGGUGGGAAUGCCAUUGAUCUCCGGCAUUAGUCAGCAGCCUUUGCCCAUUGAAGGCCAGCUCUUUCCCAGCUUCUGACACGUAAUUCUGAUCCCGCUCUUUCACGUACCACGCACUCCCCACCUGCUCAUCUGGGGGAAGGUCAUUAUCCCCAGGCUAUUCACUGGCACUGGAGCAUGCAAGAAUAGAUGCUUCUCCUAUUGUGCUGCCUAUCUCUCUGAUUGGCCAUAGAGUGUGGGAAACUCCACCGAGCUGCAGACCCACAGACUCUCAGGAAGGCUGCACAGUAUAAAUACAGGGCAGAGGCAGCUUCCAGCAACACAUUUCUCCUGGACUUCCACUCCGAGACAUUCCUUCCCUUCUCGGGACAGAUGGCUCCCAGCGCUGUUUUCAUGGAGCCCGACAACCUGCUGACACCAAAGGAGAAAAACAAACUCAGGAAGCCGGUGGUGGAGAAAAUGCGUCGCGAUAGGAUUAACAGCAGCAUCGAGCAGCUGAAGGUGCUGCUGGAGAAGGAGUUCCAGAGACACCAGCCCAACUCCAAGCUGGAGAAAGCCGACAUCCUGGAGAUGACUGUCAGCUACCUGAAGCAGCAGAGCCAGCUGCAAAUGAAGACUUCAGGGUCCUUCCAUAGAAGCUCUCAGUUUGACUUCAGAGAGGGCUAUUCUCGGUGUUUGCAAGAAGCUUUCAAUUUCCUCUCUCUUCAUAAAGUCCGAACUGAAACACAGACCAAGCUCCUAAGUCACUUCCAGAAGAGCCAGUCAGCUGCUCCGGAGGUCUCCUUUUCCCCCAGCAAGCCCAGCACCCUGAAGCAAGCAUCGCCAAAAGACGCCGGUACUCUCUGGAGGCCCUGGUAGUCAGGGAAGCUCUCACUUAGUGAACCUUUGCCUUUUAGAGUCCAGAGGAAGAAUCUGACUGCGUCUGAUAGUCCAGCUCUGAUCCUCUCUUCUGUAGGGUGCAUUAUUUCCCCAUAUAUUUUAUUUAUGUGUGAUAAGAAUGGCGUGCUUUUGACUUUUAUGGGAUCCUUUGGCAAAAGCUCAGGCAUUCUGCUGUGCAGUAUUGAAGCUGUGUAGGUACUGGUGAUGCGGUGCACAGUGUGUUGCCCAGUCUAGGGGCGAAUGUCUUCCAAAUGAAGGAAGGUAUUUUUGUAGAAGUUACAUUUGUGAUGGGCAAGAAUUGCAGUAGGAGAAUUUCGCUGAUAUUGCGUGUAAGAGCCAUUGGCUUUGCUCUGGUUUGACUAGUAACUCUUGUUUGCUCAGUCAUUCUGGAGGAUAAAUGUGCAACUUCGGUUCGUGCACACUUAAUUCAAUUCCGUUUCCUCCCAUUUGCUCAUAACUUGUACUGCGUCAAGGGCGGUUUUUGCUUUGUCCUGGAUUUUUCUUCUUUGAUAGUCCUAGUACAUGAAGUGUGAUGGAUGAACUGAAACUAGGAAACUAUGUGGAAUAUUUCUACUAUUUUGCUGCUUUUUUCAAUUUAGAAAAAGAAUAUGUUACUGCUUUAUGUUAAAGAAAAGAGUAGAUAAAACGCUCGAUUGGUCAAUGUUAUAUAUUUGGGGUGUAAGUUAUGCUUUUUUUAGCAUCUUCAUUAUAAUAAUGACUUUUUGUCUGCAUUAAGUGGUGUAAUUCAUGGUGGAUAGUGUUUCUCCCAUUACUGGGACAGCCCUAUGGCUUACGUGCAUACUGUGUAUGCGUCUCUGUGUUUGUAGAGAGAAAUAAAAUGCAUUUGUGUGC